AUGUUUGACAACAUGCCUCCCUAUAAUUAUACACCACUGCCGCCGGGACAGAACACCAUUCGCAUGCUUCGCCUAUUACCGCACAAAGACCGGACUGCUCCAAUUAAAUGUGAGCUCAUUGAGCACCCUCUCAAAGAACGCAAGGGGCAAGCCUACGAAGCCCUAUCGUAUGUUUGGGGUUCCACAGAGAAUCCCUCCUCGAUAUAUGUCAACAGCUACGCCUUGGAAGUCACGUCCAACUUGCAUGCCGCGCUGUCGCGCCUUCGAUAUCAACGGUUUUCGAGACUGCUGUGGGUCGAUGCUAUAUGUAUUGACCAAAAAAGCAAUGUAGAGAAAGAGCAGCAGAUUCAAUUGAUGGCUAAUAUCUAUGGAAAAGCUGAAAAUGUUAUCGUUUGGCUUGGAGAAGAGGAGAAUGAUAGCACUCUGACGCUGGCGAGGUUACAAGUUGCUGCGGAAGGCGAGAGUCUGCUGGUAGACUUCAACGAUACAGCACUUAUAGCACUCUUAGAACGUCCUUGGUUCCGACGGGUAUGGGUGUGCGCGGCAUAG